UUGAGUGUCUGGUCUGGACGUCUGGACUACACUCGGUACUCAGCUGCCUUUGGACAUGGUGAAAGUGUUAUCAAUAACUUUUUGAAACGUUUAUUUAAAGUUUGAUUACUCAGAUUUACAAAAUGGCUCUUCAGCCGAAACAAUGUGGAUUGCAAUUGGGUAAUUUUAUAAAAUUUUGAUUUAAAAAAAAAUAAAUUCUUGCUCUUAGUAGUAGUUCUAGUUCAGUUAGUUGAGUUAGCGGUGGUUAGCGCUAGCCCUGGGCCUAUAUUAUUAGUGCUUGGCAAAAUUCAAUCUAUAAACUAUUGAUGAAUUCAGUAGUUUGAGUGUGGCCUUGUAUAUGAUAUGUCAUUGUCAGUAUGGGCAUGGGUUUGCUGACUUAACUUUAACUCAACUGACUCAAGGCUCAAGAAUAUUGGCAAUCCUCCGAAGUCCGCUCCCAAAUUAUUUCAUAUGAAAAAAAAUUGCAAUGCACAGUUUCUAUUGUUAGAAAACAGCAGAAAUGUCAGUCAUAGCUUUUGAAAAUGUCACUUUACAAACCAGUCAGUAAAUGUUAAAUGUUGUUAUUGAUAAUUGGCGCAUCCGCAUAGCAUUUGCAAAUAACAGCCAAAAAUGCUCUGCUUGUGACCUUUGCGCCACUGAAGGCUCCAAGUAGCGACUAGUACCACUCUGAUAGCAGAGUUUACGUUUCGCUUGCAUCCAAAGUCCACAUAAUUUAUGUGUGAAUGUCCUGGUCUACUGGAUCAACAAAGUCAUGUGUGUUGCACAAUGACAGCGUGAGCAUAAAUCCCUUUGUUGAGCUGAGCAACAUUGAUAUCCUCUCCAAGCGUCCGUGACGAUAGCUGUCCCUGGUAACACAUGAUUAGUGAUAAUGCGCUCAGGUGUUUGUGCAUCUCGACGGCCGACAACCUCCAUCCAACAUCGUCCACUAACGCAAACAUGAAUUUCAAAACAGAAUGAUGCCCAAGUCUUUUAAGUAAGGAGUAAUCAUUGGAAAUAAUUUGGGACCAGACUUCGGAGGGUUGCCAGAAUAUUACUACUUCUACUUUUUGGCUACUUGACUCUUCUAAGACUUGUACUACUCACUACUCUAUUUCUAUCUUCAAAUUCUUCUCAUCAUAGGAAGUGUGGUGGGGGUCAGGAGUCAAACUCGCAGUUUGCAGGACUAACAUUUGGCACAGGCUUCAACAUGAUAAUUUAAACUUACAAGUCUUAAACUUAAAAUAAAAAAGUAUUCAUCAUUAUAUAUUAUUAAAUAUAAAUAUAUAUCCUGCCUACAUUCUAUACUAUAUAAGUUAGUGAAAGGCCUUCACAAAGGAUAGACAUGCCAUAAGUCAAAAGCAAAAUAUUAAUAAUUAGGCCUAUAUUAUUAUUGUAUACUAUGAUUUUUUUGUUAAAUAAGUUUAUUUUAGGAACUUUGGUAAAGAUUAUGUAGGAAAACUAGAAAAUAUGGUAUUGUAAUUUUUUUUGUAAAAUUGGCUUUUUGUGAAAUUUAAAAAAAAAACAGAUUGCAACUGCUCAGAUUAAAAAGUCCACAUCCUUAUUUUUUAUUGGAAAAUUUUUAAAAUUGAAAAAAACGGAAGUUUAAGCUUUGAAGAUUGAAGUUAAAAAUUGUUGAACUCCACUGAUUAAUAACGUUUUAAAAUAAAGAUAUGUAAUGAUAAAUAAAUAUGUAAUAAUUUUAUGUCAUCUAUAAUAUAUUAAAAAUUCAUGAAUGUAGAGCAUGUCCAUGUGUGAAGAUUGUCCAAAAUGAUGUCAUUAACGGGGACCAUUUUAGGCUACUGGUGUGUACAUUUUCAUCACAGUGUGUCCAUGUUUGUCAGCACAUUACCAGUUAUCAUGGUAAUAAGGGGAGAGACUGCAGUCAGGUUAGGCAGAAGAAAAUAAACGAAACAAGUCUUCUUCAGCAAACAAAACAGUAGAAACAAUAUAAAAUUAAAAUUUCUUAGCUGCAAUGUAGUCUCCAAGAGGAUAGCAAGAAAAAUGUGAUAGAACAUAAUAAGCUAGAGAGUUAAUGCAGGCAAAAGGAGAGGUAAGAGGAAGCAUAAGUCCACUGCUAUUGGUCGUAAAAAGGAGGGGGCAGAGAAAAGGUUUAACAAAUCAAGAAGAACUUGAGUCAUGACGUUCAUGCCUUGUGGUGACAAGGCCUGAUAAGUCUGAAUCAGUUUAUUCUCCAAGUUCACUCUGUUAGGAUUGUUAGUACAAGACACAAAUGGUGGUGAUAGCAAAAUCCCUUGAGCCCUUGUGGUCGCUUCUAUUGAAGUGUUUUGCGAUGGGACUCUGCUUCUCUUGCACAAAAUUAUGAAGGUGUUCAGUACAUCUGUCCAAGAAGCGACAUCCAGUCUCACCUAUAUACGCCAUUGGCCAUGAGUACAAACUAUGACAUAGACAACAAUGGGUCUAGUACAAAGGAACGUGACAUUAAAUUAUUUUAUUUUAAUAAGAAAAUGCUAUACUUAAACAUAUUUUAUUCUUUCAUUCCUUAAUAUAUAAUAUUAUCAACGAAUCAUGUUUGGAGAAAUAUGCAAGAAACAUGGGUCAAAGUGAUGAGGGGGGAAAAUGGGUAACUAAAUGUGGAGGAGAACUCAAUGGUAAAAAAGUGCACUUGAGGUCAUAACUAAAAAAAUUCAUAACUUUUGAACCACUUGAGCUAGAACUCUAUUCAACUGUACCGGGUACUGGAUAUUAUAUUUUACCAAAGUACCUAUUUAUUUAGACACACACACUAACAUAGUAUUUAUCUUUCAUUGUAUUGCAAGUUAAAAAUAACCCUAGUCCUUACAUAUUUAGCUUUUUAAUCAAAUGAUGAGGCUUAAUAAAUGGACUAAAUAUCAGUAAUAGUAAAAUCUGUUGAUAUGGAUAUCCUUCAAAAGUCUAUGAGUGUAUUGGUAAUUUUUAAUGUUUCUUCAUUCCAGACAAUGCUCAAGAAGUGGGUUUUAUUAAUUUUUUCAAAAGUUUACCUGAGGUUUGUUACAAAUUAUAGAAAUAGAUAAGGAAGUUAUUAAAAAAAAUUUUUUUCUUAUUAUAAAAGAUUUGUUCACAUAUUUUGUCUAUAUUAGUUUAAGUGAAGUACCUUUUGUUUAUUUGAUGAAUCUUCUGCUUAUUCGAUAUACCUUCUGCUUAUUUGAUAUACUUUCUGCUUAUUUAAAAAUCUGAAUUUACCUAAAAGGCAAAUCUUUCAAUUUAUUUUCAGAAACUUGGAACAACUUUACGUGUAUUUGAUAGAACAGUAAGUUUUGUUGAAUAUCAUUUUAACAUAAUUUUUUUCAUCAAAGAUUUUUUAUACCAUUUCCACAAGCCCAAAGAAAUUAACAGCUUGUACAAAGUUUACAGAAAUAGUGUGUCCUUUUGAUAUACAUUACAUUAAUGUUCAGAAUCAAUAAACUUAGUAAGACACACUGUGUCACACAGGUUUUCCAUCUCACAUUAAUCUUACAUAUGAAAAAAACCACAAGUAAUACUACCUCAUGAGAGAACUAGAUGGUAUACAUUAGUAAACGUACAGUUUUUGCCACCCUGGGUGGUCCUUGAGCGGUUGCCCCUCCUGAAACAAUUCAAUGCUCAUCCAACAAUAUUUUUAAAAGCAAAGCUGUCUAGGGUGGAAACUGACCCUUAAACCCACCCUUUAGCAAGGCUUCUUUUUACAAGCUACUUUUGGUUAUCUUAGUGAUGUUGCCAUUUUGAAAGAAAAAAAAUAGAGUUGAGUAUAAUUGUUUGAAUAUUUGUACCUAGUUGAAUAACAAACAUUAAUUUGACAGGAUUACUACACUGUACAUGGAGAGGAUGCUGUCUUCGUUGCUAAAGAAGUCUUUAAAACUACUGGAGUCAUCAAAACCAGUGGUAGGUCAUAUUAUUAAUUAAUCCAUUCAUAAAGCUCCAUUCAGUGCGAGUGCUUUUCAUAAAUAUGUUUCUUUCAAAAAUAUAUUUUGUCAACAAUGUAAUGAAACAUUUUCUUUUCUUAUUUUUUGUUUUGAAAACUAAAGUGUGUGUAGUGUAAUUAUUUUAAAAUACUUUUGGGACUUUCUUAUAUUUGCCUUUUAAGGUGUCAUGCUAGAUGUAGUUUCAAUACAUUUUUAAAUACAUUAAUUAUUAACUUCCCAUUUAACUUUUUCUGUCAAACAGGAAGCAUGAAAUUGGAGUCGGUUAUUUUGAGCAAAAUGAAUUUUGAAGCCUUGGCGCGUGACUUACUACUAGUUCGCCAGUAUAGAAUUGAGGUCUAUGCAAACAAAGGUGGAUCUAAGUCAAAUGAUUGGUCAGUUGCUUUCAAGGUAAAAGAUGAUUAUUUAGUUCUAUUGAGAAAUUCACUCCUAAAUAUAACAAAUUUCUCAUUGUUAAUGUUUCAUAUCUUAUACAUCUCUUUAGGCAUCCCCUGGCAACCUUUCCCAGUUUGAGGACAUUUUGUUUGGAAGCUCAGAGAUGUCAGUAUCUGGUGGGGUUCUUGGUCUUAAAGUUGCCAGUGAUGAUGGACAAGUGGUAGGAUUUUGAUACCUCUAAACUUAAAUUCAUCAUCUUUUAAAAAAUAGUUACACUUAAGUAAAAUAACUGACCGUUGAAGUGGCAAAAAUGUUAAAUAUACAAUUAUAAACAAUUACAUUUUUUUUAAUGUAAGAACUUUAUCCACUACAACGUUACAGCUGUUUAUAUGAAAGAUUUUAAAAAGGCUUAGUGAUGAAGACUUAAAGAGAAAAAAUAAUUUUCAAAUGCUUAUUACAUAAGAAUUAAGGUUACAUUAAUUUUUUUUUAUGAAGAUCUGCUUCACUUAAAAGGGAGUGUAUCAUCUAAAAUCUAUUUGUAAUAAUUAAAUAUUAAUAAUCCACUUAUUAUAUUCAGUGAUCAAAGCAGUUUUCACAUUUCAUUCACUUCUAAAUUCAGUGAUUGUCUCUUGUCAGUCUGUAGGUAUUGGUUAUGUUGACCCUAUUCUUAGGACCUUCACAGUCAGUGAGUUUGCAGACAACAAUCAAUUUUCCAACCUUGAGGUACUGAUAUUUUUUGUUUGAUAUGCAAUUUUUUAGAAUAUUUUUCUCCUAAUACUUAAAAUAUUUUUUAUGACUUUGACAGCUCGUAAGAUAGUUUUAAGUUAUGUGUCUGAUAGUUUUAAUGUAUGUGUUAUUAUAUUUUAAGGCUCUCCUUGUACAGCUGGGUCCAAAGGAAUGUUUGAUACCAACUGGAGAAACCCCUGGUGAUUCUAACAAGCUAAAACAAGUUCUUACUCGGAGUGGUGUGCUUCUUACUGAGAAAAAGAAAUGUAAAUAUGUCUUGUCUUCUCAACACCACCCGACUACUAGUCCAUCACUGAAUUUGAUUUAAGUUUUUUAUUUUAUUGUAACUUUUUGUUAAUAAUAUUAAUAAUAUGGCUCUUUAUCUUCUCUCACUCUUCAGCUGAAUUCAACAACAAAGAUAUCAUACAGGACCUAAACAGACUUUUGAGAGCCAAAAAAGGAGAGAAACCUAAUAGUGCCACACUUGGUUAGUGUCUAAGAGAUAUUUUAAAACACAAGUUUAAGGUUUAUUAUUAGACAUUCUUUAAAAUAUUACUAUUUCUGCAGGCAUAGAAAUAGUGCACAAAAAUACAGAUAAACCUAAUUUGACCUCUAGCUGAUAAUGUUAACUGUUCAAAGAAAACUAAAAUAUUGCAUGCUGACUUGUAUCUCACUAUCUCAAAAAAAAACAAAAAAAAAAUGUUUCAUUGCAUGAAAGUUUGACAAAAAUGCAGUUUUACUCACAAAAAGUACAAUAUUGUUUUUGUAUGUAUCAUUUCUCUAAUUCUUUGCAUUUAGAAGAACAUCUUAAAUGCAAGGAAUUAGAGAAAUGGAUACCGGUACAUACAAAAACAAUAUUGUACUUUUUGUGAUAAAUAAAUAUAUAAAAAAAAAAAUUUCUUUUUACUAGAAGAAGCGGCACAAAUAUAAAUUGAAGAACUCUUUUUUACUUAUAUAAUUUUUAAACUACUUUUGAAUGAUUGCAGAAGUUUAGGUUAGAGAGUGGUUAUUACACAGUUGUUUAAAAAAUAAAAUUAAUACAUUUAAUGAUUUAUUUUUAGAAGUAUUGAUGCCUGGUAGCUGUAUCAUUUUAUUUAUUUUUUUGUUGCUUAAAUAAUUUUAACACAUUUUCAGAAGAGGUAGACAAAACUAUAGCAAUGUGUGGCCUUUCAGCAGUCAUUCGAUAUUUAGAGGUGAAGACUUUUCUAUAUUAUUUUUGUAUGCUGAAAACAAUCAUAAGUGUACAAUUUGGAGGAUAAAAAAAUUGUUAAAUGUUACAAUGUUUAUUAUUGUAUUAUAACAUUAGACUUCUUAACAUAAUUCCUUUUUAAUAUAAAACCUGUCAUUUUUGUUUCAUAGAAUUUUAUACCAGAAAGUACUUUAACAUUGAUAUUACAAAUUUCAUGGAUUAUGAAUGUUAUGCUAACCUUUAAAUUUAAUUUGUAGUUGCUGUCAAAUGAAGACAACUUUGGUCAAUUCAAAAUUUCAACAUUUGACCUCAAUCUGUACAUGAAAUUAGAUGCAGCAGCAGUGAAAGCACUCAAUUUACUCCCCCUGGCCAAUGAAGGUUUGUUAAUUGCAAAGUAAAGAACUGCAUUGUAAUUAAAGCAAGCUACUCAUUAAUUUUAUUUUACAAUACCGGAGGGAACUUGAAUAAAACUUUGUUCUGUGUUUCAACACUAAAAUAUAUUGAUAUAUUAAUUUGCUUUUAAUUAUGAUUACCAGUGUGUUUUGCCUAGACUUAAAAAUACCAAGACUAUUAUCUAUCUUGGGUUGUGGUAGCUCUAUUGAUUCAUGUUUAAAUGCAGCCAACAAGAAUCAAAGCUUACUGGGAUUGCUUAAUCACUGCAGGACAGCCCCAGGUCAAAGGCUUUUAGGACAGUGGGUAAAACAGCCUCUCAUGGACUUCAAAAAGAUUGGUGAGUAAUAUCAUGUACCAUUUAUAUGUAUAUUUUUAUAAAUGUGUUAGCAACAUCUUUUUUUAAAAAAAAGCAUUUUUAGAGAUCAGAGUUUACUAUUACAGUGAGUACUGUAGCCAACUUAUACAUCUUGAUGAACUCAUGGAACAAUUAUUUUAAUAAUGUUUACUUGUACAAGCAUAAGUAUUAAAUAACACGAAAAAAUGUCCUUAACUGUAAAAAAUAUGUUUAGGCAGACGUAAUGAACCACAAUCAAUAUCAUUUUUAAAAUCUUGAUUCUUUUCUAGAGGAGAGGCUAAAUGUAGUUGAAGCAAUGCUCAGUGAUAAUGAAUUAAGACAAAUUUUGCAUGAAGACCAACUAAGGAAAGUUCCAGAUUUUCAGAGACUUGCAAAAAAGUUCCAGAGGAAAAAAGCUACAUUACAGGUACAGUAUCAGUAUGCUGAAAGUCUGUGUAGUUGCUUUCGGCUUUACUUUUUUUACUUCUUUUUUAUUUUAUGACUAUAAAAGUAUUGAAAAGUUCAAUAGGUUUUGUUACGGGUGUGAUGUUUACUUUGUUUAUUGGAAUUUUUUAUUAUGUUUUAGGAUUGCUACAAGGUUUAUCAGGCUUUAGAGAAGCUUCCCAACCUUUUAGAGAUUUUGGAGAAACAUGAGGGAGAAUAUAAAGGUCUUCUGGUGGAGCUUUUCUCAAAUCCUAUCAAGGUAAUGUUAAGAUCAGCAUCUGUAAAUGCCUAUUGUUCAAAACUGUAAUCAGCUCCAUGUGAACUCUGACCUCAAAAUAACAAGUCGAUGUAUCACUGUGAAAAAACUUCCUUGACAUGUAACUUCAUCCUUCUGUGUGACAUUUAAUUUAGUGAGUAAGGAAUUUAUAGGCAUGCUUUUAUUGUAUAGAAAUCAAACCCAUUUAAUGAAAUGCUUUUAAAAAAAAUUAUUACAAUUAUUUUAAAAAAAUCAAGUCCCACCUUCCAAAUGACAAUAAUUGCUAUUUAUUUUAAAAAUAGUUCAUAUCCCAUCCCAUUUGUUUUAUGAAUUCUACUUGAUUUAAAAGCUUAUUAAUGAUCCUAUCACUCAGUUUCCUUAGCACCCAAUCCCUUCAUUUUUUUCUUACUCUUUAAUGUUAUACACAGGCUCUAUCCAUAUCUCCUUAAUUUAUGCACAGGCUCUAUAAAUGAUCUCCUUUUACAAUACAAAUACAUUGAUGUUUGUAUGAAGCACAGACUAGUAAUACUUAGAAAUCCAAGCAGUGGCAUAUUCUUAUUUGUAUGAAAUACUGAAGAGAACUACACACUCAGAUACAUAAACUUAUAAAUAAAAUUUGGCAAGAAGAGAAAAUUCCAACAGAAUUGGAAACAGCAUUAAUAACCCCAAUACACAAGAAAGGCUCCAAACUUCAGUGCACAAACUAUAGAGGAAUCUCCCCAUUAAAUGUUUCAUACAAAAUACUGACGAAGCUAAUUUCCAAAAGACAACACCGUACAUACACUGAAGAAAUAUUAGGUUCAAGGAGAAUAUUCAAGGUAAUUUCAGAUUAGACGAGGCCUAAGACUUGAGACUCACUGUCUUGUGUGUUAUUUAACCUAACAGUGGAGAGAGUUAUAAGAAGCAUACAUAUUGGCAUCCAAGGAACAAUAACAGGAUACUUUCUGAGGGAAACCCAAGACCCACAACCAAUGGGCUCUCUCUACAAUCAACCCCUUCAGUAUCUUGCAUAUGCUGAUGACAUAGCACUGCUAGGGAAAAGUAAUAAAGACAUAUCAAUAUCCUUUAUUGAAUUAGAAGAUGCAUCACUACAAGCAGGGCUGGAAGUUAACAACCAAUAUCCUUUAUUGAAUUAGAAGAUGCAUCACUACAAGCAGGGCUGGAAGUUAACAACCAAAAAAUAAAAUACAUGACUAUGAUAAGAGAAGAACAGACAGAUGAAGUCAUUAAAAUUAGAAACAGACUUUUGAAAAAGUAACUGAAUUCAAAUACCUAGGAUCUUUAUUAAAUGAAAUGAAAUGAAUUACUAACAGAAAUAAAAGAAAGAAUAUCAGCCGGAAACAGGGCAUACUUCAGUAGUCAGAAAAUACUCAAAAGUAAAAACAUUACAAGAGAAAUAAAGAAAACUAAAUAUAAAACUGUAAUCAGACCAGUUGUAACAUAUGCAAGUAAAACUUGGACCCUAACAAAAACGGCAGAAAACCUAUUAAACACAUGGGAGAGAAAAGUUCUCAGGAAAAUAUAUGGAACGACAAAGUAUUAAUAUGGAUGGAAAAUACGAACCAACCUUGAAUUGUACAGUCUAUAUCAUGAUCCCAUGAUGGUAGCAGAAAUAAAAAAUAGGGUAGGCUACGCUGGGCAGGACACUUAGAGAGGACAGAGGAGUGAAGAGGUUGUAUCACUAAAACUCCAGAGACAAACGGCUCAAAUGCAGACCUAGCCUUAGAUGGAUGGAUUAUGUGGAAAAAGAUCUAAAGCAACUGGGAAUCUAGCAUAGAAAAGAAAAGCAUUAGUCGCAUCCGAGUGGAAGGAAGUAAGGAGGCAGGCCAAAGCUCUGUAGCCUGUAGCACAGCAGGGAUGGAUGAAACACUGAAGUCAUAUAUAUUCUACAUCAUUAAUAAGUGGUGUGGUUUAAACUCUAUUUCAGAGGAUAUAUAUAUAUGAUUCAAUUAAAUUUUAAUUGAAAGAACAUUAAAUCCAGUUUAGAUCUAAAAGCGAUGCGUCUGACAAUGGUUAAAGUAUAAUUAUUAUAUGUUUAAUCUGUGCUUAUUUUAAAUAAUAGCAUUAUUAUUUUAUUAUUAGAUAUUCUAUCACACUUUGUUGCAUUUUUAUUAUUAAAUGCUUUAAAUCUAUGGUUUUAUGAAAAGGUAUAUGUACCGGUACAAAUGCUAUUUACCUUUUUUAAACAAGUAACAUUGGAUUGACAGAUGAUAAUGAAAAUGGUCUAAGAAAAUAAUUUAGAUCACCUUUUCUCAACCUUAUUUAGCUGUGUGGCCCCCCAUCUCUGUUUUUUUUUUCAAAGUUUUUGUUUGCAGGCAUCCUUGGUUAAUUGUUUAUAAAUUAAUAAAACCGAGUAGCUGGAAGAUUUUCAUUUAACUUUAAAGUGUUAGUCAUACCGUACUUAUACUAUCCUAAAUAUCAUGAGUGAUGGCCUUCUUGCUCCUUGAAGUAUUCUUGUUCAUUUAUUUACAUCUCAAUGCUGAAACUCAUUUCACUGUGAACAGAUGCUACUGCAUUUUUUAAAUCUCCAACACGUUCAUUGAAGUGUCAGCCAGAAGUCAAAUCUCUACUAUAGAGUUACAAGGGUACCUUCAUUGAUAUAUAGUUACAAAUUCUUUCUUACCCAGCCAAGGUUAUUAAAAGGCUCUCUUUAAUAUGCUAAUAUCCAUUAUCAAGUCCUCAAUGAAUCCCUCUUAUGGAGCUGGGAUUGGUGUUGUAAAGUUGAAAAGCGAUUGAAGCAUGAUAGAUCACUUGUGUGCUUUAGGAUAUAACUGCAACCCCCUAACUAGUUUUUUCUCCCCACCCUUUAAUGACUCAUGCUUGUAGCCUUUCAUCCCCCUUGCUCUUUUAAUAUUGGAUCCAUUCAUUAUAAACUAGUAGUACUAGUAGUCAUCUUGAGGACGGUGGUGGUGGGGGUGGUAGUGGUUGUGGUGGCAGCAGUGGUGGUGGCGGUGGUAGUAGUGGGGGUGGUAGUGGUUGUGGUGGUAGUAUUGGUGGCGUUGGCACUUCUAAAGUGACACAAGUUUCAUUUACUUGUCCGUUGACUUAAACCAAAAGUACAAGAUGAAAACAUUGACUCAUUAGCCAGCUAGCACUUGAUGAAAAUAAUGAAAAGCUGAUCCAAAGUAUAUAAGAUUUAAAUUUAAUCGAUUCUAAACUUGAAAUUGUAAGUUACACUGUUUUCACAUUUCUUAUAGACACUAUUUUUUAGUUAUUUAUCCUGGACUGAAGGGCCAUCUCAUUUAAUUUACUGGUUAAGUUUUUAAAGAAAUAGUGGAACAAGAUGUGUUUAGACUUGAUUAAAAAAAAACAGGACAGUUACAUGGACAUUUUGGCUAAGUGCCUCCUGCAGCAGACAAGAUAAAACAACAAAUAAUUAUAAAUUUUAAAACGCAUGUGUUAAAAAAUCUCAAUGUAGUUCUCUCAGUCUCUGUUCAGAAAUAACUUUUUCACGGCAUAAUUCAUUUAAACCAAUGGCCCCAACCUUACCAGCCUUCCAUACCUAACAAUCUUCCUGAUUGACAUAUUCCUCACCCCCUAAUAUAUCUAAAAACAUAUUUUACUUACCACAAACUGACAUUCUUGAUAACUGAUUUUAAAAAUGUUGAUUGUUUACUCAAAGCAUUUUAAUUUUCAACAAGACCCUUUUUAAAUUCAAAGUAGAAUUAGUUGAUAAAAACAAAGUUUUCUCUUCACUAGGAGUUGCUGACUGACUUUGUCAAAUUUCAAGAUAUGGUGCAGACUACAGUGGACCUGGAACAAGUUCAGAACCAUGAAUAUAUGAUCAGAGCUGACUUUGAUGAAAAUUUAACAGGUGUGAUAUUUCAUAUUUCCAUGAAGGAAACAUUUUUUAAAUUUGCAUUACAUUUUUAUACUUGUCUUCAAUUUUUUUUAAUGCAUUUUACAUAGUCUAUAACCGAAGAAAGGCAAGAGCAUUUGAAAUAUGCUGGUAUGAGGUAAUUCAAAUUGAAAUGAAAGUUUUAUAUGUUCUAAUGAUUCAUCUGUUAACCAAAUUUUAUGUAAUCAAUUUAUAGAGCUGCGGAAAAAAAUAGAUGAGCUAGAAGAGAACAUCAAAGGCCAACUCAAUAAGGUGAUGAGUUUAAAAUAAAUAAAUAAAUAAAAUGUACUUUUAAACCAUUUGCAUUAUAUUGUUCCGAAAACUCUUCUUUUUUCUUUUAUUACCACUCAACUUAACACUUCUGUUGCCUUUUUUAUAAAUUUUUAGAUGGCCUUAUCUAAGGAUAUCUAUUUUUCAGUUACAAAUUAUCAAUCAAAAGGUAUUUUUUUAAAUAAGUGUCUGGGAUGAAAUUUGUUACUACUGAUAUUUUUCAGGUGGCAAGGGACCUUGGUCUUGAACCCAAUAAAACCGUCAAGUUGGAGAACAAUAGCCAGUUGGGGUAUUUUUUUAGAGUGACAAGAAAGGUAAUCAUUUUUUUUUCCCACAAAUCUUGUCAUUAUUGUUAUUAUGUUUAUAGAAAGCCUUCAGAUUUUUGGGUAGGAUGAGAAUGGGAAUGAAAGAACUCAUUAUAAUCAAAGUAACAGUUUUUGACCAAAAAUGGGAACAUGUACAUUGGGUAGAUGAUACUUUAACAAAUUAAACUCACUGUCUUUAAUAAUAUUAUAAUUAUUUCAAUACCAACUAUGAUAAAUUCUAUCAACUGCCUGGUUCUCAUCAUCAGGAAGAAAAAGCCUUGAGAAACAAUAAGCAAUAUUACACUAUUGACACCAAAAAUAAUGGAGUCCGGUUUCACAACAGUGCAACACGGAAAUAUAACGAGGAGUACCAACGGGCACGGGAUGAGUAUGGGGAGCAGCAAAAAAGUGUGGUGGCAGAGGUUAUCAACAUUGCUGGUACGCUCAAAUGAAACUAGGUCACUGAAGUUUAUGUAGAUAUUGUCUUAGUUAUUUAAUAAUAUAUCUUUAUGGAAUUGGUUCAAAUCAGGCAGCUUCUCAUAUCAAAGAGUCCAUGAGAUAAUUAUGUAACACUCUGUAUGUAGUUAUUAUUAAUCAAACACUUUUUUCUUCUCAUAUUCAGCUGGCUAUGCAGAACCUAUGAGCCUCAUGAGUGAUAUCCUAGCUCAACUUGAUGUUCUUGUGGCUUUUUCAAUUGCUUCAGUAUCUGCCCCUAUCCCUUAUGUCAGGCCAAAAUUAUACCCUAAAGGUAAAAAAAAAAAUCAAAGAUUUCACCAAAAAUUUCAUUGUAAAGUAGUUUUUUUGUGUUUUUUUUUUAUCAAGAACUUUAAUUUCACUAAAUAACUGUCUAAUAACUAGCUCAACUUUAUGUUUUUGUGGUUUUUUCAAUUGCUUCAGUAUCUGCCCCUAUCCCUUAUGUCAGGCCAAAAUUAUACCCUAAAGGUAAAAAAAAAAAAUCAAAGAUUUCACCAAAAAUUUCAUUGUAAAGUAGUUUUUUUGUGUUUUUUUUUUAUCAAGAACUUUAAUUUCACUAAAUAACUGUCUAAUAAUAUUUGUACAUUUUUAAAGCAUGUGUCAUCCUAAAUUUUUACAACAAAAUAAUUUUGGAUAAUUUCAGAUUUGUUAGAAAGAGAUAAACAAAAGAAGUUCUAUUUGUGGUUAUCAGUAACUUGUGGUUUUAUUUGUGGUUAUCGCUAAGAGGGAUGCAUUGGGAGUCCUCCUUUUGUAUCCAUCUUAGAUCAAGUGGCACAUUGUUGGAGAGGAAAUGUAUGAAAAACAGUAAUUUUUAGAUAUUUUUACAAUGACGUUUUAAAAUCUACUUGCAGUGCUGGUAGUUACCAUUCUAAUGGCCCAUUCCUUUAAUUUAGGUGAAGGCAUCCUACGUCUUCAAGAACUUAGACACCCAUGUUUAGAAAAACAAGAUGAUGUUUCAUAUAUACCAAACGAUGCCAUCUUUGAGAAGGGUAAAGCUAGACAAUUUGACUGGGUUCACUGACAUUAUGUUUCAUUUAACAUUACAGCCUAGUUUCUGUGUGACCCCUUUAAACAUUGUAAUGCUUAGAAAUUAAAUUCACCAAGUUUUAAUCUCAUCUAAACUAUUUGUUCUUUUUGUACCGGUAUUUGUAACAAUAACUUUAAAUUUUAUCUUAAAAGUAUUUCACUUUCAGAUAAAAAGAUGUUCCACAUAAUCACAGGGCCGAAUAUGGGUGGCAAAUCAACUUACAUAAGAUCAGUAUGUUAUUAUCUUAUAUAUAUAUUUUUACUACCGAAUCCAUUAUUAUUUUUAUUUAAUAUUAAAAUUUCUUUUUAUAAAAAUUAAACUUAAUAUUAAUCCAUGCACAUUAACUGUUUUCAACAUCUGUUUAUUAUGUACUUUAUUAUUUAAAAAAAAAAAACUUUCUGUGUUUGAUGAAAAUUGUUGCUGUUACUCUCUAAAUGUGGAAGUCAGGUUUUCCAACUUUUACAGGUUCUACUGAAAACUUAAUGAAAUAAUUGGGUUAGGUCAAGUAACAAUAAUUUUAUUUUUCUUCUUUGCUAUUUUUAAGGACAUGGGAAGCUUGAGAUCUAAAUAAAUUUGUUUAAAACAAAACCAUCUAAAAUAAAUUAUACUUGCACUAGAGAGUUGCAUCGACGAUAUGAUUUUCUUCCAUUUGACUGCAUGAAUAAUGCUAUAGAACUGAAUAAGUCAUUUAAAAUAAGCAGCUAUAUAAGAUCUAAUCAUGAGAAUUUUUUGAUAUAGACUCAGUGUGAAAGCGCAAUCUUAUUAUGAAUUUUUUUGUCUAAAACCUGAGGUUGGAGUAUGUGUCGUGAUGGCUCAGCUUGGCUGUUAUGUGCCUUGUCAGAGUGCAGAGAUCAGCAUUGUAGACUGCAUCCUGGCACGAGUAGGUGCUGGAGACAUCCAGCUGAAGGGUGUCUCUACUUUCAUGGCAGAGAUGUUAGAGACAGCUUCAAUACUCAGGGUAAGAGAGACCUGGUAUUUUUCUUUUCAAUGUAAAGUCCAUUCAAAGUUUCAAAGAAAAGCAGGUUUUAUUAACCAAUAUCAUUUAAAUAAAUUUCAGUAAUAAGAUAUUUAAUUACCCUAAGAGCUAUAAUUAUCCCAUAUCCCACACUCUUUAUGUAUUUCUGUAUUGACAAAAACCUUUCAUUUUCAUACUUUUGUUUUCAAAGCCACAUAAAAAAACACCUAUACUGAUAAUUACUGAAGAAGAUCAUAAUUCCGAAUAGCAAAAAAAGUAUUUUAUUAUUUUAAUUGCGGUCAUAUCUCUGUUAAAUGAUCUGGGAAGCAAAUUCAUGAUAAUAAAACUAUUACAUUUCAUAUCUUUUAUUUAUUUUUAAAUUGUGGUUUUUGUUUGCAUACAUUUAGGUAGCUACCUCAGAUUCUUUGAUAAUUAUCGAUGAGCUUGGAAGAGGUACCUCAACAUAUGACGGUUUUGGCCUUGCAUGGGCCAUUUCAGAGUAAGAUAAAUCUUAUUUUAACUACCGGUAUAUUUUUUAUUUUAUGAAAGUGAAAGUAAAUUUUAAUACUAAAAUGAGUUCAAAUGACCAGUAAGCAAAAUAAUAUGAAUGAGCUUAUGUGUAAAAAUUGGAAACACUAGUUAUAUAGGAACACAGCUAACGCAUUUCUCUUCAAUUCUAAUUUAAGGCACAUAGCAACCAAGAUCAACUGUUUCUGUCUUUUCGCGACCCAUUUUCAUGAACUGACAGCUCUAUCCGAUGAAGUAUCCACAGUAAACAAUCUACAAGUCACAGCUUUAACCACAAAUGAUACUUUAACUCUUCUGUACCGAGUAAAACCAGGCAAGGCAAUAUGAUUCAAGUUUUUAAAGAUACAAAUUUCACUUCAUAAAGGAUACAAAUUUCACUUCAUAAAGUAUACAAAUUUCACUUCAUAAAGUUAAUUUACAAAUAAAGUUUAGAUUAUAAAAAUUUAAAAAAACUACUACUAACAUAAUACAAGAGUAUAAUUGUUCAGAGUUAUAAAGUAUGUUUUUAUACAUUCUUUUAAUUUUUUUUUUUUUUUUUUUUUUCUGCUCAGGUGUCUGCGAUCAAAGUUUUGGAAUUCAUGUGGCAGAGCUGGCUCAUUUUCCUAAAAAGGUUAUUGAGGUAUUGAGAUAAUCUUUUUUAUAACUUUCUUAAAUCUCUUGUAAUAAUGGGUUCCUUAAGAAUGAGGGAAAACUGUUGUUUAAAUUAAAUUUUAACACUAUUUUGCAGAAUGCAAAGAAAAUAGCAGUUGAACUUGAAGAUUUUCAAACCCUGGGUCUGGAGGGCUCUGGUUUAGAAGGAGAUGACGAGCCUGCUGUCAAGCGUAGAAAACUAGCAAAAAAGGUACAUUUUCUAUGAUUAUAGAAAUACAUUUUGUUCUAUUCUUGAAAACAGAAAUAUAGAUAUAAUCAAAGAGUACAUUUUUAUCUGUCAUAUUUUCUGACUUUAAAAAGGGCAGACAUGUGAAAGCUCUGUUACAAGUUAAAUAUAUCUAGUACCUUGAUCUAGAUUUUAAUCUAUCUAAAGCCGAGUGUUUAGUUACAAGGUUAAUUCAGCGUUAACACUGGUAUAGGUGUGUUCUUUAGUCAGAGUAUUAGUUACAAUGUCAUCUGAAUGUUUAAUUAAACUUUUGUGCCUUUAGUCAUGAUAAAUGAAAAUCAAAAUAAAUGUUCUUAAAUAUUUUGUUUUAGGAAGGAGAAGAAAUAAUCCAAGACUUUCUUGCCAAAGUCAAGCAGCUCUCUUGUGAAUCAUUAUCAUCUGACGAAUUGAUGGCUGAAGUAAAUAAGUUGAAGAAGGAAGUUGAUCAGAGGAAUAACCCAUAUAUCAAAGAUCUUUUGGCAAAGAAACAAAUAGUUUAGUUAGUGGGGGGAAAAAAUGAAAAAUAAAGUUGAUUUGAGCAUGUGUCAAAACUGGCAGCUUACUGUUAGUGGAACUUUUCAUAUUUUAAAAUAAAAGAAAAUAACAGUUUGAAAAAGUCUACUUAGAUUACCCUUUAAAGAAUGUUAGCUCAAAUGAUUUUAUGUUUUUUAUAAUUUAAUUACCAGUGUAACAGUUUGUGUAAAAAUUUGUAUGACAGUCAGUAUUACAGUUUUUUAUAAACAUAUUUUUCUAAAGUUAUAAUUUUCAUAAACAUUUCAAAUUCCACAAUGCUUAUGAUGAAACCAUCAGUUUAAAUACAUA